UAAUCUGCGGAAGCAACACGGUUCUGCUGUAAGAUUAAUCUGCUCAUUUAUUUAACUGCAAACUACCUGUAACAGAACAGUGUUCUGCAGCAACUGUUCUGUGGUGGUGGAGAUGGAAAACUCUAGAUCUUCUGGAUCCAUACGAAUCACCUGUUAAAACCUGACAAAGAAGACUCUAGAAGAGGCAGUGGCUCCCACGCGCAGUAUUCAGCAAACAGAAAAUGUGUCUGGAACCAUUCUAGAAUGUUCCUGGAAUGUUCCAAAACUCUUAACCUUCAAACUGUUGCCUUUUUUUAGUUUUGGGGGAAAAUCAACACUAUCUUGGCUGGCAGCAAUUAACACUAACCUGCACAGCAUUUUAACCCCGUCUUCAGAUAUUCCCAAUCAAAAGAAACAACGUUCCCGGCCAAGAACACAGACCGAAAAAAAAAAAAAACACAUUCACUUCACCAAACCCAUACAAUGGCCUGGCCUGUCCCGAUCCCAUCUCUAAAAGUCCUCCCCCCCACCUCGGACUCUGACAGCUGGUCUCGCUCCUCCACCCCCAGCUUCAAGCGCCGCCGCAGGGCUCCGCACCGGGACUGGGGGCUGAAAUCGAAGGCUGAACCAGUGAACCUGCUGCUGUCGCCCCCGGAGACCCUCCCUCCACCCCUGACCCUCCUCCAGCCCCCCUCUGUCGAGAUCAGCCCCUCGAGUGACGAGGAGGCCCUGCCCUGGUCCUCCUGCUCCACCCCCAGCUCCUCCCCGCGCCGACGGAGUUUCCUGCUCAGGAAGUGGCUGCAGCGGGACCGCAGGGACAGAGGCAGGGGGAGCGAUGACUGCAGUACGGCCAGCAACUCCCCACGCACUACCCCUACCGGCUCCCCGGCCCUGCGCAAACGCCUGCUGGCCCCGGGGCCCUCGUCUCGCUCCUGUGAGGGGGACGCCAUGGUGGAGAAGGGUUCAGACAGCUCCUCCGAGAAGGGCCCCUCCCAGUCCCCCAACUACCCGCCCGCCGCACGCAACUUCACACGCAAUGCCAAGAAAAUGCAAAGCUGGUACAAUGUCCUCAGCCCCACUUACAAGCAACGGAACGAAGACUUCAGGAAGAUUUUCAAGAAGCUGCCAGAGACCGAAAGGCUCAUAGUUGAUUACUCCUGUGCGCUCCAGAAGGACAUUCUGCUGCAAGGCCGUCUCUACCUCUCUGAGAACUGGAUCUGUUUCCAUAGCAACAUCUUCCGCUGGGAAACCACAAUCACCCUCCAGCUGAAGGACGUGAGCACUCUGACCAAGGAGAAGACAGCCAAGCUCAUUCCCAACGCCAUCCAGAUCUGCGCGGAGCAGGACAAGCACUUUUUCACCUCUUUCGGAGCGCGGGACCGGAGCUACAUGAUGAUUUUCCGGCUUUGGCAGAACGCACUCAUGGAGAAGCCGCUGUCCCCCAAGGAACUUUGGCACAUUGUCCACCAGUGCUACGGGACUGAGCUCGGACUGACCAGCGAGGACGAUGACUAUGUCUCUCCCACGGACCACAUCAACGGGAUCAUCCCCGGUGAUGACGUCGUAUCAGAGCUGCUGGACCUCCCCAAUGACCACUCCUCUCGCAACAGCCUGGACCUCAAACUGGACGCCAGCCCGCUAGUGGACCACCAACCCAACAAGUGCUGCCUGCCCUCGGUGGAGAGCAGCGACGGGGGGCCUUCGUUCCUGGAGGAUCUAGAGCCUCAGUCUGAAAGCCAGCCGGACGACUCGUCCGCUCAGACGAUCACCCCGUUGUCGGAGAGAGCGAAGGCGGUUCUGGGGAACCUGUCGUCGCUGGACUUCGUGAACGAUGACGACAUACCCACUGACCUGAGCGACUCCUCGGACACGCAGGACGAAGCAGGGGAGGUGGAGUCCUUGUGUGCAGAUCUGAAAGGGCGGCUGCACAUCAAUGCCGUGUACCGGAUCAGCGUGGACAGGCUGUAUGAGCUCCUCUUCACAGACCCUCCCUUCCUGCAGGAUCUCUUCGAGCAGCGCAGAUUCACCGAUCUGGCGCUGAAUGAUUGGCAGCAGGACAACAGUGGCACCUCCAGCCGCGUGCUGUCCUACACCAUCGCCAUCAACAACCCCCUGGGACCCAAAACCGCCCCCGUUGUGGAGACGCAGACGUUGUAUAAGAGCAGUCAGAAGAAUGAGUGUUAUGUGGUGGACUCGGAGGUGAUCACUCACGGCAUUCCCUAUCAGGACUACUUCUACACCAUGCACCGCUACUGUCUGACCAGCGUCUCCCGCAACAAGAGUCGCCUCAGAGUGUCGUCCGAUAUCCGCUAUCGGAAGCAGCCCUGGAACCUGGUGAAGGUGCUGAUCGAGAAGAACACCUGGAGUGGCAUUGAGGAGCACUUCAGACACCUAGAGCUGGAGGUGUCGAAGGUAGAGGCCCUGUUGAAAGCGGACACGGUCGGCAGUGAGAAUCUCGGGAAACUACCGGCACUGCGACGCAGGAAACGCAACCUGAUCCGCAAGACCCACCUCGGGGAGGGGCUGGGAGCCAUCGGGGCGGACAAGGAGCGCACCAGCAGGGGGGGCCGUGGAGCAGGCUCUCCCUACAUGAAGCCUGGCAUCCGAAAUGGCAUCAAUAUAAUCCUGCUCAUUAUCAGCUUCAUUCUGGUGGUGCUGGUGGCUCUCAACGUACUCCUCUUCUACAAGCUGUGGUCCAUGGAGCGGGCAGCACACACCCUUGAGACCUGGCACUCCUACGCACUUUCAGACGGUAAGCUCCCUCAGACGGCCUCGGAGUGGGCACAGAUCCUGGAGCUGCAGAAGCAGUUCCACAAGGCUGAGGUCUGCAAGUGGAAGCAGAUCCUCAAAUCCUCCGUCGGGCUGCUGGACGAGAUGAAGUUUUCUCUGGAGAAGCUGAACAGAGGGAUCCUGACAGCAGAGACCCCGUUUGAAUCCGAGGGGAGCGGAGAGGAGCCUCUCUCCCAGUGAUCCGACUCCACGGAGCCACUAGAGACUUUGGAGCAACGUGCAAUUCCGUGGGCUUAAUAACCCCCGCCCCCCCAAAUACAUGGCAAAGCCCAGAGAUCAACUGCUGUAGUGCCAGAAGUAGAGGAUGAGGGGGAAAAAACUGAGGAGUGGUGGAAUAUUUCAUGGAAUAGUUCCCACAGAUUUCGGAAAAUGAUGUGUUUCUUUUUUUUUACCACAAACGGUAUUUGUUCUGACUUGAAAUUAUAUAUAUAUAUAAGAGAACGCUGUAGAUUUUGAUCUAGAUUAUUCUAGAUUUCACAUUCUCCGAACUUUGACUGAUUUGGGAGGACCAAGACUAAAACAAGAAAAAUACAGGAACCUUUUUUUUGUUUGUUUGUUUGUUUUUGGACUUCCUAACUUGAAUGUGAGUUUCAAACCAGAAAUAAAAAUGGGGAUGGAGUCGUUCUAGAAGAGAACCGUUUCUUAUCUAGAUCCUUCCGUUCCCUCGCAGAAACAAACUCCGAACGGAAGGGAUCUCCCAGAACAGCCGUGCUGUAUUUCAAAACAAAAACAAAGCAAGCAAACACUUCGCUAGCGAGCCAGGAGAUGUAGUUACUGAACCACCUAACAAGAUCAUUGAUCAAGAAGACCCUGUGUCCUUUUAAAAAAGGAUUUCAAUAUGCAGAAGGUGUUCCGGACUGACUUGAACUGUUGACAGUUUAUGUGUUUAUUUGUUAUUGAUGAUGCUACUGUCUGUAUUAUUAUUAUUAUUAUUAUUAUUAUUAUUAUUAGUGUCGUUUUUAAAAGGGAAAUCUACACUGUUAUGUUGGUUUGUUGAUUUUCAGUUCUCCCCCUAGUGAAACUCCCUGCCAAUGCACUGAAGGCGUCCGGAGUGUGACUGCUGUGCGGUUCAGAACUCCGAGUUCGAAAGAACAAUCCUAUUUAUUUAUUUGUGUGUUUUUGAGGAGAGGCGUGUGUUGUGUGUUGGUUGUUUUUUUUUUUUUAUAGAUUUUAAUUGGUAAUCUUGGAAGUUUUUCUUGUAAUCGAUUUUUUAAUCGGAGCAUGUGAAUGAUCAAUUAAUCGAUUGAAUCUCUGUAUCUCGAGUCCCAUAGAUAUGGAAUUGUAGUAACUCAUCCCUUGCAUUGAAAUUAAGCUGUAAAAAAAAAAAAAAUACCAGGAUAAAGACAGCUAUCUUAGUAAAUCCAUUUUUAAACAGAUUGUUUUCA